CCGGCCGGCUCCAGUGUUGAUCCGACGCGCGGUGGAGCCACACCGCUGCACGUCUCUGCGCGCCUGGUACCCGGCGUCAAAUAACUGCUAACAGUUGUGAAUGGAUUGAAAAGAAAAACUGUUUUUUGUGUGUGUUUGUGAUUACUUUGAUAAUUCUAAAAGUGAUAAGGAUUGAAUUUGGAUGUGAAAACCGAGAUUAUCCGUGAUCAAGAGACAGUUUUCUAAUGGUGGAUCGGUAAACUAGGCAGCCGAUCGUUUUCGGUCGGCGGUGCGGGCGCCGCGCUGCCGUCAUGACGCUGCACUGGUGGAUGCACUGGUUCUGGGUCACGCUGCUUGUCACACUGUUUAGCAGCGGAUGGACUGCCCCGCAAAGUGAGCCGACACCUGAGAUGAUACAAGACGCCUCGCCGACUCCGCACGAGGGGCGGCAGGGCAGGGCCAUGUACUUCGCGAAAACCACCCUGACCCCCGCCACCAAACCACCACCAGCUUUAAACAUAACCGACCAACCACCGCCAUUUGACCAAAAACCUAACAUUACGCUUACUACUAAUAACACAAAAGAAACGAACGCGACAGAAAUAGUCCAUCCGGCCUUCCUUGUGCCGGAUAAAACCGCAGACGCUGAGGACCAAAUUAAUAAUAAUACCAAGACCAUGACAGUAGCUAAAACCAACAAUACGGUAGCAGACAACGCCACCGUCCCCCCAAACAAGAAACGGAACAAUUUAACACGACACCCAGAAGUCAAGGAAAUAGAAACCAACUUGGAAGGCGCGGUUGAGAGCAGAAUCGUCACUGAGAAACCGCUGUCCCUAGAAACUGCGUUUCUGCAAACCAGAAUACCUCCGAAUGUGGAAUCAUCUAGAAGGGUGAUAGACCAAUCGGAGCGUGGCAUGGACACUGGGGAGAUAGCCGGCAUAUCGUUUGCGGCGCUGGUAUUGGUUGCUUUAGCCGGCAGCACAGCGUUUGUGCUGUACCGGCGGAGGUACCUGAACAAACCGCAGACUUUGAAUGACAAAUGCUCGAAUCCCGACUCCAGCGGGUAUUUGGAUGACAGCACGAUACGAGACAACUCGGAGGAGAUGUACAGCCUGGACAACGACUCGUUCCUCAACUCGCUGGAGGCCAUGACCAUCCAGAACUACUGGACCGACACCGUCAAACACACCAAGCUGUGAGCUGGACAAGUCGCAUCUAUCUGUGACCGAGUGAAGUGAAAAAUUUACUGGAAGGACACUAUCAAACACACCAAGCUGUGAACUGAAGGGCUAGUACAGGGCGCAUUUAAGACGCGACAAGACGUUUGCAUCACGCUCACUUACACCUUGCAGCCUCAAGAGCGAGUGCGACGGAGAACUUUUGUCACGUC